UUCUCUGGCUGUUAUAUAGCUACUGCUUGUGGAAUUCUGGUGCUGCCCAUCGCUAGACUACUGCUUCUGCUUCCUGUGCUGUUUCUGAGUGUGCCGGUGUAUUGUGUGCCUCUGCCGGAUCUCGCUGUUUUCUCCUGUUUUUUUCUGGCGCUGUCUUGUUUGGCGCUUUUUAGCUUUGACUGUUUUCUUUUGCGUGGUUCUCCAGAUCUUAUAUCUUGUAUCCCAUAGCUUCUCUUGACUGUCUACCCCCUCAUCUCUUCAAAGGACAAGUAUAUUCUCGUUGCACUGCUGCUCCUCUCUGUUCUUCCACAUUUCCAACCAUGUAUUUAGAAACUGAAGUCGCUCUCUCCAAUCUCCUACAGGGCCUUCUUUCCACUGAUAACGCCAUCAGAUCACAAUCAGAAACUUUGCUAAAUUCAACCUGGCUUUUACCACCAAAUCUUGAAUACCUCCUCUUAUACUUGGCCCAGCAAGCUGCUUCCUCUGACAACAUUCAACUCCAGACCUUUUCCAUAGUCUUGUUCAGAAGAUUGGCUACAAAAUCCCCUAUCAAUAACUCCAGUGUCUCUGUGCUAAUUGAAUCAAAUUUUAACAUCAUCUCAAAUGACUCCAAAUCAAAAAUCUGUAACAUCCUUUUACAGUCUUUUGUUAACCCCAAUAUCUCAAACGAUUUGAGACACAAAGUUGCUGAUUCAAUCUCAGAGGUCUCCAAAAUCAUUAUAAAUAACGAAAGCCAAUGGCCUGAGCUAAUUUCAAUCAUCUUUAAAGCUCUACACCAAAACGACAACUCAAGUUUUAAAGAUUCUGCUUUUAGAAUCCUCUCUUCAAACCCAGAUUUAAUCGACAGCUCAAAUAUCAACGAAAUCCUACCUUUAUUCAACUCGGCCUUUCAAGACAACGACGAUUCAAUUAAAACCUCCUCUGUCACUGCUUUUGCCUCUUUUUUUAAAAUAGUCCCCAAGGAAAAAUGGCCUCUAAUUACUCCCCUCUUGCCAAACCUACUAAAUAUCUUGCCAUCAUUUCUAUCCGACGACAAAGAAGACUCCUUAAACACCAUUCUAGAAAAUCUAAUUGAUCUAGUCCAGUUGGCCCCAAAAUUGUUCAAGCCAAUGUUCAAUCAAUUAAUCGAAUUUUCCUCUUUGAUUUGUAAAAACAAAAACUUUGACUCCAACACUAGAUUAACUGCCUUAGAAUUAUUGACAACCUUUAGUGAAUCUGCUCCUAAAAUGGUCAAAUCCUUUCCAAACUACUGUCAAGAGAUUAUCCUAAUCAACUUGUCAAUGCUAACUGAAAUUUGCCCUGACGACGAAGAAGCCGCUGAAUGGAACAAUAAUGACGACAUUGACGACCCAGACGAAGAAAUUGAAUACGACGCUGCUAGAAAUUCAAUUGAUCGUGUCUCUCUAAGUGUUAGAGGCAAAUUCUUAGCUCCUAUUUUAUUCGAGUUCCUACCUCAAAUGAUCAACUCAGCUCAAUGGAGAGAACGACAAGCUGCCUUAAUGGCUCUUUCUGCUGCUGUCGAGGGUUGUGCUGAUGUUCUUAUAACUGAAAUUCCAAAACUUUUAGAAAUGAUCUUACCUCUAAUGAACGACCCUCAUCCAAGAGUUCAAUAUGCUUGCUGCAAUGCUUUAGGCCAAAUGUCAACCGAUUUUGCUACAACUAUUCAAUCAACCAGUGCUAACCAAAUCUUACCUUCUUUGAUCUCAAAAUUAACUAAUGAAUCUUCUCCCAGAGUCCAAGCUCACGCUGCUGCCGCUUUAGUCAACUUUUCUGAAAAUGCAACAAAAGAACUUUUAGAACCUUACUUGGAUGACCUAUUAACUAAUCUAGUCACUCUCCUACAAAGCCAUCAUAAAUAUGUCCAAGAACAGGUCCUAACCACUAUAUCUGUCAUUGCCGAUGCUGCUGAAAAGAAGUUCAUCAAAUACUACGACGCUUUAACUCCAAUUUUGAUCAAUGUUAUUCUUAAUAAUGACUUUCAAGCAGAAAAUCAACUAAUCAAAGCUAAAAGUGUAGAAUGCUUAUCCCUUAUUGCUCUAGCCGUUGGAAAAGAAAAAUUUCAAACACAUCAACAUCAAGUUUUACAAAUCUUCGAAACCAUCCAAGACCAAAUUCUAAACCACCAAGUUAAUGACGAUGACCCAGUUUUAUCUUAUUUGCAACAAAGUUGGAGCAGACUUUGCAGCGUUGUCGGCGUUGAAUUCUUACCUUACUUGAACAAAAUUCUACCCCCUUUAUUAAUCCAAGCUAAACAAGGUCAAAGUCUUAAAGCAAUUGAAGAUGUUGACGAUGAUGAUAUCAAUGACGAUGAAGAUUGGGAAAUCUUAGAUGUUCACGGCAAAAAAAUUGCCUUGCACACUUCGGCUCUAGAUGACAAAGUGGUCGCAAUCGAAUUAUUAAAAGGUUAUGCUGAAGUCUUGAAAGAACAUUUUUCAGCUUUUGCUCGUUCAAUUUUAAAAGAAAUUUUAUUCCCAGCUCUAGAUUUUUAUUUACAUGACGGAGUCAGAGAAGCUGCCAUCGAAGCCAUUCCUGCAAUGCUCAACUGUAUAAAAUCCCAGAAUGAUCCACAAGAUUUAAUUAAUAUAUGGCAAGAAACAACCGAUAAGUUAUUCCAGUCAUUAUCUGAAGAACCUGUCAAUUAUCUCUUGAGUGAGUAUUAUAGAUGUUUCGCCACCUGUGUUUCGAAUUUUGGAUCAAAUUGUUUAAAUGAUAAUCAAUUCGAGUCUUUUGUUACUGCAGUUGAUAAAACUUUGCAAACUGCUUAUUCAAGAAUAAAGCAUAGUAGGUCAAAUGAUGAAGAUGACCCAAAUGCUGAGGGCUACAACGAAGAUGAAUAUGACGAGGGCUACGAUAGUGAUAAUGAAGAUGCUGAUGAAGAUUUACUAGAUGAAAUCAACUCUGCUCUUUCUUCAGUUUUCAAAAAUUCUAAAACAAAAUUCUUACUGUACUUUGAAAAACUAAUUCCAACAGUUUUAACUUUUCUUGAUGACUCCAAUAUUUUCAUUAAAAACUGUGGUAUUUGCAUAGUAGCAGAUCUAAUUGAGUAUUGUGGAAAGGAUUCCUAUAAUUUCCAUAGUGUAUUUGUGAAUCAAAUUGGCCAAGCAUUGGAUCUUUCUAACCACCCAUCUAUUCGUCAAGCAGCCUGUUAUGUGGUUGGAGUUGCUGCUCAAUAUGGUGGUCAAAAUUAUCAGUCCUUUUGCCUUGCUACAUUACAAUUGCUAUUUAAAAUAAUUCAAAGUGAAGGUUCUAAAAGCAUUGAGAAUAUAUCAGCAACUGAAAACGCUAUUUCAGCUCUUGCUAAAAUUUUAAAUGAAUAUGGCUCAACCGUCUCCAACUUUGAUUUGAUUGUUGAGAAUUGGAUUCAAUCACUCCCUGUUAUUGAAGAACAAGAUUGUAUUCUUACAAGUUACUCGUUCUUAGUUAAAUUAAUUAAUAACAAUCACCCUAGCAUUAAAAAAAAUAUUGCAGCUGUUUUAGAAAGUAUUAUUCAGGUUUUAAUUAAUUCCAAUAUUACGAAAACAAAAACCGGGAAAACUUUGAUUGAUGCAACAAAAAAUUUAUUAGGAUAUAUCUCUCAAGAAGAAGCAAUGAGUUUACUUUCCAAGUAUCCACAAGACCUAUUAAGUCAAUGGUUCAGUUAAACAAUAAAUUUUUCAUUUGUUUAAGUUUCAUUUUUAAAGUUUUUUUUUAUUUUUUGUUUUAACUUAUUCAAUUUAUUGAUUAUCAGUUACCUCAUUGUCAUCUCAUUAAUU